CCAUCUUAUUUAUUUUUUAUUUGUUAAAUCCAUCAAAAAUAGAUUACCAAAUCAUACAGGAACUUGCCAGUUCGCUAAGAAGCGAAGGACUACAGUACCAUUAUGGUGUAUCGUAUAAAUUGUAACGUCUGUUUUAAUGAGUACAAAAACAAUUAUUCACAAUUAAAUUAAUUAACUACGAACGUUAAAGACAAAGAGCUUUUUACAAUUAUAUAAAUAAUACAACAAAUCAAUGACAUUGCAAUAAUAUAACUUAUCAUUCGUCAAGAAAACUAUACGGAAUAUUAUAAGAUUAAAUAUUUAGGUUUAUUUACAAAGCUACCUACAGCGUAGGAGAUUUGACGUCACGCCCGUGUAUAUAGACGGUUGCGCAGGAGUUUAAUAAAUAGUCACCGAUGUGGCGCAGCUGCCAUCGUUUGAGGAUAACAAUACUUACACAUUGCAAGUUAGUGGCACGCAACUUGUGUUCUUACUGGAUACAAAUAAUAAGUUAAAACCACAAGAUGAGCUACGCGGCGGCUGAGCAUGUCGUGCAGAGCAGCACUUUUUCUGCUGUCAAUCUCUUCUACGUGCUUCUUGUGCCGGCCUUGAUAUUAUGGUACACUUACUGGCGAAUGUCAAGACGUCGCUUGUACGAGCUGGCGGAGAAACUAAAUGGACCUUCCGGGUGGCCUCUGCUCGGAAACGCUUUGGAAUUCACGGGUGGAUCUGCUGAAAUCUUCAAGAACAUUGUUGAGAAGAGCAUCCCAUAUGAUCAAGAAUCCGUGGUGAAACUUUGGAUUGGGCCCAGACUCCUGGUGUUUAUUUACGACCCACGAGAUGUUGAAGUUAUUCUCAGCAGCCACGUCCACAUUGACAAAGCUGAUGAAUAUAGAUUCUUCAAGCCCUGGCUCGGAAAUGGUCUACUUAUUAGUACUGGUCAAAAAUGGCGUUCCCAUCGCAAACUGAUCGCCCCCACAUUCCACUUGAACGUUCUGAAGAGUUUCAUCGACCUGUUCAACGCUAACUCCAGAGCUGUGGUUGAUAAACUCAAGAAGGAAGCAAAAGACUUUGAUUGCCACGACUACAUGAGCGAGUGCACCGUGGAGAUCUUGCUUGAAACCGCUAUGGGUGUUAGCAAAACCACUCAGGAUCAGAGUGGCUUUGACUACGCAAUGGCUGUCAUGAAGAUGUGCGACAUCCUCCACUUGAGACACACCAAAAUCUGGCUGAGACCAGAUCUCCUAUUUAAAUUCACUGAAUACGCCAAGAACCAAACCAAACUCCUUGACGUCAUUCAUGGUUUAACUAAAAAGGUUAUCAAGAGGAAGAAGGAAGAAUUCCAAUCAGGCAAGAAACCUUCAGUGUUGAACAAUGACGUCACCAGCACUGAGGUCCCCACCAGCAAGACCACUUCCGUCGAGGGUUUAUCUUUCGGUCAAUCUGCCGGACUUAAGGACGAUUUAGAUGUUGAGGAAGAUGUCGGUCAAAAAAAACGUUUGGCUUUCCUUGACCUCUUGCUCGAGAGCUCCCAAAGCGGAGUUGUUAUUACUGAUGAAGAAAUAAAGGAACAAGUUGACACUAUUAUGUUUGAGGGUCACGACACUACAGCUGCCGGCAGCAGUUUCUUCCUGUCCAUGAUGGGAAUACAUCAAGAUAUCCAAGACAAGGUUAUUGAAGAGCUCGACCAAAUUUUCGGCGACUCCGAUCGGCCUUGCACCUUCCAAGAUACUUUGGAAAUGAAAUAUUUAGAAAGGUGCCUUAUGGAGACCCUCAGGAUGUACCCUCCCGUACCCAUCAUCGCCAGACAUCUGAAACAGGAGGUUACUUUACCUUCUAAUGGAAAGAAGGUACCAGCUGGAACCACACUAGUAGUGGCUACGUUCAAGCUACACCGCCGCCCUGACGUGUACCCUAACCCUGAGAAAUUCGACCCAGAUAACUUCCUUCCAGAACGUUCCGCGAACCGUCAUUACUAUGCAUUCGUACCUUUCUCCGCUGGUCCCAGGAGUUGCGUCGGACGUAAAUACGCCAUGCUGAAACUGAAGAUCAUUCUAUCUACGUUACUCAGAAACUUCCGCAUUCACUCGGACCUCAAGGAAUCCGAUUUCAAGCUGCAAGCUGACAUAAUCUUGAAACGCGCUGAAGGUUUCAAAGUCCGUCUCGAACCUCGCAAAAGACUAGCCAAAGCGUAAGAAUAUAGACAAUGUACAUUUGAUUUGUAAGCGAAUUGAAAUAUCCCUAGUACAGAUAUAUUGUUUUUGAAUAGCUGAUUACUUAUUAGUAAUGAAAAAGGCACUUUGUGAUAUUAGUACAGAAAUAACGACUAUUGUUUUAAAGAUGCUGACCAAUAAGGUGGUAGAUUUACAGGCUCAGGGCGGUAUAGAACAGGGGCAAAUAUUGUGUAUUGCUCAAUAAUGUUGAACUAUUCGUUAAGUUUUUGUAUAUAGGUAAUUAAAUUAUAUUCUUUGUAAGAUUUACGACGAAUAUGGUAUACUAAUAAAUUUAGUACUAUAAA